GUGGAAGAGCGGCAUUGGGUGCUGCGCCAGGCCGGGGAUUGAAAAGUGGCCUUCAAGCGGUGCGAGACAGGCAAUGGCGGAGGAGGGCUGACAUUGGGGAGAGUCGGGCGCCACUGAGGACAAUGAGCACCUGUCGCUGGUGCACACCUGGAGGUUCUGUCACGGCAGAGCUGCUGAAGAGCUAUGCUGUCAAAGAGUUACCAAAUGAGGAUUGUGUCGGUGCCAACGAUGACCUCUCCUACUGCAUGGAGUGUGUGGUGGAAUACCACAAAGCCAGAGAUGAGGUUCCACAGCUUCACAAGUCUCUGUGGCCAUUGGAAACGUCGCGGCUCAUUGCACAGCUGGAGAAUGCAAUGCGGGAAGAGAUCGAGGACGACGAUGAGCUCUACUUAAUUGAAGACGAUGGAGAGAAACAACUAUUUGGUUACGGUGGCUGCAGUUUUGAGAGCGAUGUCCGGGUGCCACUAUUGGAGAUCCUCAAGUUUCCAUAUUUGCUUCUUGACAAACGCAUUAGUGAACUCAGUGUUGAAGCCUUGUGCAAGAUGGAACAAGUCAACAACACAUUUCAGGUUUAUGAAAAGCUUCCUGGUGUCUACCUGCUUCUAGUACACCCCAAUGAAACGAUUCGCCACUGGGCCAUUUUGACUGCCAGAGCACAGGGAAAGGUGGAUCGGGAUGAUUACUAUGAUUUGGAGGAAGUUUUCACCUGCCUCUUUAAGGUCAUUGAGCUUGGACUGUUUGAAAACUCAGACAUUUACAUGUAUACUGAGGUAGAAGAUGGAAAGCUGAUCCUUUUGCCAUCACAUUUGUACGACACCUCUAAUUACAAGAACUACUGGCUGGGUAUUUGCAUGUUGCUGACAGUACUUGAGGAACAAGCCAUGGCCUCGUUGUUGCUAGGGCCUAACAAGCAGAAUGAUUUUAUGCAGUCUAUUCUUCACGUUAUGGAAAAGCAAACGGAAGAUGAAAGCAUCAACCCUUUUUGGCCUGCUCUUCACUGCUUCAUGACCAUCCUCGAUCGAUUGGGUUCUAAAGUUUGGGGGCAGCUCAUUGAUCCCAUCCAGGCAUUUCAGACCAUCAUAGGAAGUCCCAGCUACAACAGCGAAAUUGAAAUCAUCAGGAAAAGCUGUCAGAGGACAACAAAGUGUGAACCUGAUUUAGACGAUGAUGACUUUGUGACAUGCAGCCAGGCUGUGUACAGUUUUAAUACUGAAAAAGUAAAAAAGGAAGCUGGAUGGAAAAGUGCAAUUUGCCCCGACUAUUGCCCUAACAUGUACGAAGAUAUGCAGAGUCUUGCUAACAUACUCCAGUCCGACAUUGGGCAAGAUAUGCGUGUCCACAAUAGCACGUUCCUGUGGUUCAUUCCUUAUGUUCAGUCUGUCAUGGACCUUAAAGACCUAGGGGUGGCUUACAUCAUGGAAGUGAUUCACCACCUUUCCUCAGAAAUAAAGGUCGUCUUUACUCAGGGAACCAAUCAGUGCGACAAAGUGACAGAAUUUUUUGUCAGGGUCUUGGUUUCUGUCAUUGAACUACAUCGAAGUAAAAAGUGCCUUCAUUUCCUGUAUAUCAGCUCACACAAGUGGGUUGACGCAAUUGUCAAGUGUGCCCUGCUUCCAGUCAAGAGCCCCAGAAUUACAUCAACCUCAGCAUUGUCUUCCUCCCCCACUUCUCAGACUCCUUCCUCUGUUCAAUUUGCUUGCAUGCAGUUAAUUAGGAGCCUUUUGCGAGAAGGCUAUCCGCUGGGACAGCAGGCAGCUUGCAAACAAUAUUUAGACAAAUUCAACCUAAUUAUCAGAGGAAAUGUACUCAGAAACUUAGAUCUUAGCAAGUCUGAGGUUCAAGGAUUGCAAACCUGUCUCACUCAAAUCAUUAAAAAUAUUAAGGACAAGGAAUCCAGCAUUCCUAGUUCUCCUGCUGAUCCAAACCCAGCAAGCCUGGCCCAGGCUGUACCCUUUAUUAAGACCGAAAGAAUCGAUGAUGAGUGUUGUGGAGCCAACAUUACAUCUCCGUAUAGCUCUGAUGUUCCUGUUUAUCCCUUGGAACGUAGGGAAGUAUUAAAAUGUCAAAUUAAAAAGGAGCCACCUGAUGAAAGGAGGACAGAUGUGGAGUAUAAUUCUUAUCUUCCUAGCUGUAGUUCACGCUUCAAGACACAAAUUAAAAAUGAAAAGUUAGAUGAUACAAGUACUUUAAUUUCGGCCCGGGAGGAACCAAAAAAACUACUGACAGGAUGGCAAUCCAAAUUAUCUGAAGUCAUGGCAAAAGUGCCAAAUUUGAAGCCAAACGCAACAAGUGUAGAGACUGAAAGUAAAAUAAGCACUAUUGAGGGUAGCACCAAGCCAGCACAAAAGCCAUGUUAUGCGACAAUAGAAGAGCAGACGGAUUUGUUGCUAAAAGUAAAAAGUUAUGGUAAGGAAAGUGAAUCAGGUGAUUUAAGCGACAGUGAUGAUAACAUACCUUUGACAUUGUUUUCAAAAAAACAUCUGGACAAAAAACAGAGCGUUACCGACAAUGUUCCAGUAAGUGAGCAACUUCAGAGGCUGUCUUUGGACAACAACCCAGCAGGCCGGCCCAUAAAGAAAGAAUUUCAAGGAGUCGCUGACAUCAGCGCUUCCAGCUUUCUAGAAAGCAAUACCGAUUGCAUAAUGGACAGUGAAACAGAUGAUGAUGAUGCGCUUCCCUUGUGUUUUGUUAAAGAAAAGCUGAUGAAAAGUUCCAAAAAGUCAGCUCUUGCAAACACUAAAAUGAAUCGUAAUUCUGAUCACACAGAAGUGGUGGCACAGACCAAAGGUUCAAAUUUCCCUGAUGAUUCAAUUCGGCAGGCAUGUGAUGUACCUGAUUUUUGUUCUAUAAAGAGGAAAGUAAUAGGGUCCAGCAGAGCUCUUGGGGAUGAGAAUGUUUCCUGUAAAACGGAAUUAUCUGAUAUCAUAACCAUCUCGGAUGACUCUGACCAGGAAGAAGAACCUUUCUGCAAAUCUGUUAAAAUAGAAAAACAAGACCCCGGUCAAGAUACUAAAGAAAGUCCAAUACAGAGAACAGAACAAGUUGAGUUUGAGCCUGUUGAUCCAAAUUUUGAAGAGUAUGGUUCACAGGUUUUCGAAUUUGAAACACAGGAUGAUAUAUAUUCUGCAUGGAGUGACUCGCAGUUGGAGGAGAAGAAGCCUAAUGUUCAAGAAAAUCUAUCCUCCAGGCCAGAAACCAGCAAUAUUGAGAACUUUGACCAGGACAAUGAUUUAAAUAAGUGGGGGUAUGACACGGACUACGUUUCUGAUGAAAUAAUAGAAAAGGCAGCCGAAGAUGCAGAGCAGCAAUUUAAAGCAUUAACCUCUGCUGCAAACAUUAAAUCUGGAAGGGAGCAUGGUGGUAAUAAAUCACCUCAUGAGGCUGUUAAUUCCAGCGUAUCUUUUGGAAAGAGAUCUCAUGAGUUUGUUGCUGCUGUGGAUGUUAAAAGCAAGCAAACCAAAUUGCCAAAAGAACCAUGUUCUUUAAAUGCCAAGAAUGGGAACACAGCAGCUCCAGCAACACAAAAGAAAGCACUAACUGCCAAAACAAACAAAUCUAAAAACUCUUUAAAAGCACAGAGACCUAUUCAGAAGUAUGGAAGUCCAGGUAAAGCUUCCCUUGCUGUGGUCCCACCAAAGAAAAUACACAAAUGUCCUGAGCCAACCUCAACUGUUGAAAAGCUAAGCCUCAAAAAAGCUCCCCGCAAAGCUUUUGAUCUGUCCCAGAGAUCACUUGACAGUUUGGCUGAACUACGGAAUCACGGCAAGUCUGCAGGGUUCAUGGAGGCCAAAAAGCCUAAAUCAAAGCUUAUUUCACCACAGUCCAUUUUAGCACAACGUAAUAAAAAGUUGUUGGCUUGCCAGGAACGACAGUUUUAUCAACAGUCCAGGCCUAAGACUUCGGAGAAAAGGAAAUCGAGUAGUAGUCCCAAAAACAGUAGCAAAAAUGCAGGUAUGCCAACUAAGCAAAGUGGAAACAGUUCAGGGGAUCGAACCUCUCUUUCAGGUCAACGGAUCAGAGCAGAGAAAAUGAAGAGGCCCCAAAAAGAACCUCAGGGACGUGGACUUGUGGAUGUAAAUAAACUUUAUACGAGUAGCUCUGAAACACGUAAAGAUGCUGAAUCAGGUGGCCAACCUGUGGUGAAGUUAGCGCCACAAUCUAAUUCUCUAGGGGAGGACAAUGCUCAGUCUACAAUGCCAGUUACUGCAGCUAAUACUAAUGAUCACAAAAAUGAUGAUGAUGAUGAUGAGGAAGAUGACUUGUUUUUAACACAGACAGAUCCACUUGAUAUGGAUUUGUGUUCACAGUUAGAGGCUGAAAUAAAUGUUGGCACACUUCAAGAUUUGUGUACGUCUGGUGUGGUUGAUCAUUCUCCAUCAGUUCAUCAGGUGACUGAAGGGUCAAAAUGCAGUCCCGAGGACUGCACAGAGUUUGUCCCAGUUUCUAGUGAUAACUACCCUAUAAAUGCUGCACCUGAGAAAAAAGAUGAUCACGUGUUUGCCAGACCUGGUUUGCCCCUUUUUCUUCAGAAACCGCUCAGACCUGUCACUGCUAAAGUUUAUAGUGCUGGGACAACCUCUCGAACUGCCAGCCUCACAAAAGACCUAGAAAGCCUUCCGAAGCCCCUUCCUAAUGUUAAAGCUAAAACUCAGACUUCAAAACCGCCCGUGCCUAGACCAACUAUGCAACCGCCUGCCCAAAGCAAGGCACCAGUGUCUCAGACUACAAGCAAUGUGCUGAAACCGCUGAUCAACCAAAACAACAUCCCCCUACAGUGCACUUUCAACUCUGUUCGAGGAACUGGAAGGAAUUCUCUUGCUGCUAUUCGAACACCACAACGGGACCAGAACUGGUUGGUGCGAGAGGUGCUGCACUGGAGUUUUGAAAUGUUUGACAACAUUUCACAGUUUGGGGUCUCCAAAAAACUCUGUCAGUUGCCGUUGUUAAAAGUACGACUUGAGUUUUCAGGUUAUGAUGAAUACUUCAACACCUUUUGCCCGCUGAUGCUCCUGAACACGUUUGAAUCGCUAGCACAGGAAUGGACAGUAAAACAACCUGCACUUGCUUCCCACUUGUGUAAGCUCCAUUUGCAAAAUUUCUGCAAUGAAAGCCAGAUGAAUAGAGGCGAAUUCCAGGUCUGGAUUCGAAAUGUGGAUUUGAAUAUGCAACGGCUGCCGAAAGAAGGUGAUCUUGUAUUCCUGCUAGUGCCAGAGGAUACUGGCUCCUCACCCAGAGAAGAGAGCGAUUUACAAGGACCUCCAAUUUACCACACUGGGCACGUGUCACGCUUCGUGCGCACCCAAUGCACACAGGCCUUUGAAAAGGAACAGUACACGCUGUGCGAGCUGACCAUUCACACCUAUGGAAAUCUUUUGCCGUACCGCAAACAGCAAGUACGGUGUGCAGUGAUUGGCAGCCUGAUAACCACUCUGAGACAGUUUAAAGCGCUGAUCCAACUGCAGAGGAACCCUUUAUUUAAGCCCAUUAUCCACCCUACCCCUGCUGGGUGCAUCCAGACAGCAUUGUCGGGAUCCAUUCCGGCUGCGGUACCCAUCUCGAAAGAGUACAACAGCGACCAGAGAAACGCUAUUGAGAAGGCCAAUUCUAUGAUUACACAGCACCCCCGAUUGCCCAGAAUAUGUAUGAUCCAUGGGCCCCCUGGCACUGGGAAGUCAAAGACUAUUGUUGGCUUGCUCUAUAGAAUUCUCAUGGAGAACAACGUUCCUGAUCUGAGCUUUGGUGCCAAGAACAAGAGAAACAGAGUACUUGUGUGUGCCCCGUCCAAUGCUGCCCUGGAUGAUCUGAUGAAGAAGAUCAUAUUGGAGUUCAAGGAAAAAUGUCGCGACAAGAAGAAUACUCUGGGAAACUGUGGUGACAUUAACCUGGUCAGGCUGGGGGCAGAAAAAACCAUUUCCUCGGACGUUGUGAAAUUUAGUUUGGACUGCCAAGUGAAUUACAGAAUCAAGAGAGCUUCUCAGGAUCCCUCUGUGCUCAGGCUGAAGGAAGCAUUGGACAGACAGCUUGAUGAAUUAUCCCGUCAAAGAGCUAUGGAGAGGUGUUCCAAGAACACGUGUGAAGAGUUGGAUCAGAGAAUUGCCAGGCUGACAAAGGAAAGGCAGUGUGUAGCCAAUGUGCUAAAGGAGGAGCGUAGGCGGCCCCAGGAAGUUAAGCGAAAUAUCAUUCUGGAGUCUCACGUCAUCUGCUGUACACUGAGUACUAGUGGCGGCAUCCUUCUGGAAGCAGCCUUCCGGCAACUGGGACAGGAGCCAUUCGGCUGUGUCAUCGUGGAUGAGGCAGGACAGUCCUGUGAAGUGGAGACGCUCAUUCCGCUCCUCCACCGAUGUUGUAAAUUAGUGCUAGUGGGAGACCCAGAACAGCUUCCACCAACUGUUAUAUCGAUGAAAGCAGAGGAACUAGGCUACGGGCAAUCUUUGAUGUCUCGACUCUGCCAAAUCCUAGAAGCCUCUGGCAGCAAUACUCCAGUCCUACAGCUGACGAAACAGUACCGUAUGCACCCUGAUAUUUGCCUCUUUCCAUCCAAGCACUUCUACAAUUCUGUACUGAGAACUGACAGAGAUCUUUCCCAUGCAGGAAAAAGUGACAGUGUCUCUCCAGAAGUCCCCCCUGACCUCCUUCUGAAAUGUGAUUUUUCUCGGGACAGAUCCUUCUCCAACCCACUGGAAAUCAAAAUGGUGGUGGCCCUAAUAAAGCUUAUUAAAAGCAAGAAAAAAGAAUUCGGUUUCCGAAAUAUUGGGAUUAUCACCCCGUACCGGGCUCAGAAAAUGAAGAUCAUCAAUGAACUCAAGAAAACUUUUGGUGAUAACGCAAUGCCGGGUGAAGUGGACACAGUGGACGGUUUUCAAGGUCGACAAAAAGACUGUAUCAUUGUCACAUGUGUACGGGCCAACUCGAUCCAAGGCUGUAUUGGAUUUUUAGCCAGUAGACAACGUUUGAAUGUUACUAUCACAAGAGCCAAAUUCAGCCUGUUCAUCUUAGGGAGCCUCCGAACACUGAUAGAAAACAAGGACUGGAACCAGUUAAUCCAGGAUGCACAGCGCAGAGGAGCUCUUGUUAAAACAAAGCAAGAACAUUACCAGAGAGAUGUGAACAGAAUACUGAAGUUGAACCCUGUAAUACAGAGGACUGCUUCUUAUCCUCCCACUAAACCUGUAGAAGUACACAAAGGUGGUUCACCCUACACGCCUCCAUUGGAAGCACCAGAAAGAGGCAAUAAUAAUCCACCAGUGUCUGGAGGCCCACCUCACAAGAGGACUAUAGCACACCCAGCUGUCGAUGUUGGCAGGCAUCAAGUGGAAAUUUGCGGGAUCCCAGACUGGCACGCCGGCGUGAAGACACAAGAAGUAAUAACGCAACAUCAUCUGGUCUGCAACAGAGUUCAGAUACAAACCGUUCCCAAGGCCACUCUUAUCAGCAUUUUCCUUCAUCCUCAGUUGCAGGGGUCAAACGACCUUCACAGCCUUCAGGCGGACAUCCAUGGUCAGGCCAACCACGAAAUGAAGGCCUAG